UUCCGGUUUCUCCCUCACUUCCGGUGGCGCCGCGGCGGCCGCGCAUGCGCGGGGGGAGGCGCGCGCGGAGCGGCCGGGCCGGAGGGAGCGCGGGAGCCCCCCAGGAUGACGCAGUUCCUGCCCCCCAACCUUUUGGCCCUUUUUGCCCCCCGGGACCCCAUCCCUUACCUGCCCCCCCUGGAGAAGUUACCCCACGAGAAGCACCACAACCAACCCUACAGCGGCAUCGCGCCCUACAUCCGGGAGUUUGAGGACCCCCGCGAUGCCCCCCCGCCGACGCGCGCCGAGACGCGCGAGGAGCGCAUGGAGCGCAAGCGGCGGGAGAAGAUCGAGCGAAGGCAGCAGGAGGUGGAGUCCGAGCUCAAACUCUGGGACCCCCACAAUGACCCCAAUGCUCAAGGAGAUGCCUUCAAAACCCUGUUUGUGGCCAGAGUGAAUUACGACACGACGGAGUCGAAGCUGCGCCGGGAAUUUGAGGUUUACGGCCCCAUCAAGAGGAUCUACAUGGUGUACAACAAGCGCUCGGGGAAGCCUCGUGGCUACGCCUUCAUCGAGUACGAGCACGAGCGGGACAUGCACUCCGCCUACAAACACGCGGACGGGAAGAAAAUCGACGGGCGCCGGGUGCUGGUGGACGUGGAGAGGGGCAGGACCGUCAAGGGCUGGCGGCCCCGGCGCCUGGGGGGAGGUUUGGGGGGCACCCGGCGCGGCGGAGCCGACGUCAACAUCCGGCACUCGGGCAGGGACGACACCUCCCGCUACGACGAGCGGGACCGGGAGCGGGAGCGGGAGCGGGACCGCCGGGAGCGCUCUCGGGAGCGGGACCGGCGCCGUUCGCGCUCCCGGGAGCGGCGGCGGCGAACGCGGAGCCGCGAGAAGGACGAGAGGGAACGGAAACGGGGCGGGAGCCGCGACCGCAGCAAGGACCGAGACCGGGACCGCGACCGCAAACGCCGCUCCCGCUCCCGGGACCGAAAGCGCGACCGCGACCGCGACAAGAAGGACGAGGGACCCCCGGAACCGCUGGAAGCCCCCGAGGAGCUGGGAGGGGGCGGCGGCGAGCCCGGGAGCGGCGAGGGGAUGGCGGGGGAGGCGGCGGAGAAACGGGAGAGGGAGCGGGAGCGGCGCCGCGGGCACCGGGAGCGGGAGAGGCGGCGGGAGCGGGAGCGGGACCGGGAGCGGGAGCACAAACGGGAGCGGGAGCGGCGCGACGAGAGAGCGCCCGGGGGAGGCAGCGGGGGCGGCGGCGAGGGCGGCGAUGGCGGCACCGGGGGGGAGGCGGAGAUGUUCCUGGGGGGCGACGGCGGUGCCGGUACCGACGGGUACCUGGCGGCGGAGAACGGCUACCUGCUGGAGCCCGCCAUGGAGUGAGCGGCGGCCGCGGAGGGGAAAUAAAGGGGUUUUAUUGGAAAAUAAAA